CUCUAUAAACAGGGAAGUUGUUUAGUGUUUUUUUCUCUCCUCUUACUUGAGUGCCUGAUUUCAACAAACGACUCAUAAUAUCGAGUGAAUUCUAACUGCACGGAUGUGAUUUUAUGGCUCACAGAUAGAGUGACAAAAAAGUUAGAGAGAGAGAGAUAGAAAAAGAGAGGAUACAAACCACCACAAAAACCAGUUGUUUUAGACCAACACUGAGAAGUAAAGAUACAUGAAUUCACCAUGAUCGAAGCGGUUGCUCUCUACUUUGUGUCUGAAGACUGCGGACAGUGGGCAAACUUUCUGAAGACGAAACUAGGAGAAAAGGCUUACGAUAUUCGCGUCCACGAAAUCGAGGCUGCAUUGGCUUUAGAAUGUGAGGACUCUUACAAGGCCAACAUCAUAUUGGCCAGUCCUGCGUUUCUAGAACUACCGAAUUACGAUCACUUCUGCUCUAUUUCAAAACAGCAAUCUCUAGUGGUACUCCUAGGUGUCGACGAGUCAGAAUUCGAAGCUGCUCUCAAGGAAAGAGAAGCAGAUACCAUUCUUGGCUUUCCAAUAUUUGAAACCGAGGCCAACGAGAGUUCGGUGAGAUGUCUUCUGGUGGAGAUUAUUGACCUAUACGAAAGAAAUGUUCCUACAGAGGACUUCAUGCAUCAUAGUAAUGUACCAUACGACCUUCUCCCGGCACCCAAACCGAUCCCCACAUCGUCAAACCAAUUACAGAAGUACAUUAUCAGUGAGAGGGACAGCAAAUUAUACUUAAUUAUGACGCAUAAAGACGAAGAAAAUAUCCUUGUUCAAGACGAAAAUAGGCCAGAGAUGUGUGUCCAGUGCAAGUACUUGGGUAACGCUCUAUAUGAGGCCUCCCUUACAGAUGAUUUCAAUAGAUCACAGUCGCUGAGGAUAGUAACAACAAAACGAAGAAAUGUUGCGACCCUGCAGAUCGAACCCAAAUCUGACCAAUCAGCGGGCGACAAACUAUCCCAGAUCCAGGAGCUUCUGCACGCAGAGCUAGAACCGCUGACAGUGUUAUGCAAGGCUCUCAGACUCCCGGAAAUAUCAGUCUCCUGUUUGGACAAGUUUUUAGCGGACAAAUGUUCCAAUUUCAAAAUGUUUGAUCCACUGAAAAGUCUGUCCUUAGGGGAUAAUCUAGCUGAAAAACAUUCGGAAGAAAGUAACUGGCCAACUUUAUUACAUUUCGGCGCCGAGCUUGGUCUGAGCUUAUUUUGUGAUGAACUGAUAAAGGUCCCAGGAAUGGACAAAAUAUGCCACGUGACAAACUCUCAGGACGAGACACCUGGUCAGUUGGCGCGAAAUCGCGGCUUCCUGAAAUUAGCAGAAAAACUGGACAUGCUUACUGUUACCCAGCGAGAUAAGCGAAGUUCUCCAGCUAAUAAGGAUAGCGGAAUCAGUGACAGUUUUGAUCAUAUGUCUGUCGCCAGCUCGUAUUCACCCUCUGGUCGUACUGUGGAUAGUUUACUGGAAGAUGACGCAUAUGAAAUGCCCCCUCCAACACCCCAUCAGUCCUCACAAUACUACGUAAACAGUAACCAGGCAAAAGUUCACCACGCAGACGACGUGUUUGAUUUACAGACAGCAGACGACGGAGAGGACGAAGUUGCGCCGCCACCUCCCCCAAAAAUGAAGUCCACCCCUGCUCCUUGUAAACCAGUCCCUCGACCGCCUGUUCAAUCAGAGAGAUCUUCCAUAGACUCAAGUUCUGGGGAUUCUAGAAUGUCCAUCGAUUCUAGAUAUUCCACCGAUUCUAGAACCACAAUAACAUCGGAAACUUCCAUGGAGUCGGUAACCACUCUAGAUUCGGGAAAAUUAUCCGCAGAUUCAGGUGACAUCUUGUCCAGCGACAGCAGUGACGAUACGACGAUAGCAGACUAUGUAGACAUGGCAACUACCUCAAAUUCCUACAUGGACAUGAGAUCGGUCCAAAGGAACGGAAGUAAAACUAAACCCACACCUCCUGUAGUUCUUCCAAAACCAAAUCGGUCGUCUGAUUCAAGUGUAAUUUUAACAAAAGAGGACGCAGCGGAGAGCAUCGCGACUUUCGACGAUGAGUUGGAUUCAGGACCGACUGGUUCGGAGUAUAUGCCCAUGAAAGAAGUACAUGUACCACCCCAUCACCUCAAAAAGUCUCAUUCAGAAUCUGUUGUGAAUGUACCCAAACAGCUUCCGAUCCCAGAUUCAGAGGAUUAUGUCAAUCCAACAUCAGUUUCUCCUAGAAUUUCUCCUCGAACAUCGCUGAUGUCACCGGUACAUAAUGUCCAUUCCACCUCCGAUUUGAAACAAGAUACACAUGGACAUAGACCAAGCUACCUACCAUUUGGAGGAAGCCACGAAAGCAGGUUUCAUGGAUUUACUUCAACACCAGUACCUCACGAGAGGGCCAUGUCUGAAAGUGAUACAAGACAUCAUGGAGGAUUCCAUCAACGGAUAGGUUCUCCUGUAUCUCCACUGGCCCAAGAGCAAAUGUCGGAGAAAGCCCACCACUACAAGAGAAGUAGCAGUGUUCCCAAGAAAUGCGUUUCUGAUGACGACAUGUCCUUGAAUAGAGGUCAAGGAUUUUUCAGCAAAUUGAAAUCUAAAAUGGGGGGUAAAGGAGGGAGGAAAAUGUCUUGUCCACCAGAGGCAAUUAAGGAGAGCUUGGAUAAAUUUAACCAAAGAAACCAACAAUUGUUGAGGUCAUCCGACGAAAAUAGAAUGUCGAACGCCAGUACAUCCAGCUCAUCGAGUCAUUCAAGUUAUCACGAAGGUCAAACCCACGAUGAAUCGGGUGCAGGAGAGGAGGGUGAUGUUCAAGUAAGACAGAAAAAUACAAAGAAAGGGCUUUUUAGAGGUAAAAAGAAGGAUGGAAGGCAUGAAUCUACUGCAAGAAGGAAGUCUGUCAGAAUUGAUAAAAUGAAAAAGGACAAAAAUCUGCAAUUGUUGGAGCUUCCUGCUAAACGCAAAUAAUUGAUAUUUCUACAAAGUGUGAUGUGCAAUAUUAUAUAAGUAACAAUACUUCUACAAUUUGAAAAAAUAUGAAAAACCUACAACUCCUUGGAGACAACUCUAGUUCUCCAACUUAGUCAUUUUUUAUGGUAAUGAUUUGUACAUAUCACUUUUUUUUUUUAUAUAUUUCUACAAAGCAUUAACAUAACCAAGUAAACGUGAUAUUUAAUGUGCGUCAUGAUGAUGAUGAUGAUUGUGGUUAAGAUGAUGAUGAUAUGUGUGAUGUGUGAACAGCAUUACUUACUUUACUUUGUAUGUGAUGAUGUAAUAUUUAUUUUUAACUAAGACUGUCUACUAGUAUCUCUCUACAAUGAUUAUAUCCGUCAUGUAUAUAUUAUUUUUAUUUACGCAUAUGAUGUUGUUUAUGUUGUGAUUAUGUUGUGUUAUGAACAAUGCAGAGUAAUCAUUUUUCAAACAUGUGAUAUUGUCUGCAGCCAGUCAUAUUUCAUCACCUAAUGUUCGCUAUUUUUGUAGCGUAAUAAAACUACGAAAGAAAAAAUG